AUGCGUAUGUCCCAUAUGCGGUCCGAGAGUCAUUUCGCUCAUCAUAGGUCCCAUUGGGCCCAUUGGACCCAUUCCCAUCACUGGAUACCCUACACCCAUACCCCAAACUCCUGUCAAUCGUUCAUUCCAGGCAGUGGUAUCGGUGGAGGUAUAGGAGGAAAUCCUUGGCCCGCUAAUUCCAUAAAACUUUGCGGGCCUGCGAUUGGAGCGAGAGGCCCCAUUGGCCCUAUACCUAAAAAGUACACAGGAUAUUCUAAAUAUACGUACCAACAAACGACGUACCACGAGUGGAUGAAAUCGGAGGAAUUACGGUAUUUUACCGGCUCGGAGAUUUUAACAUUGGCAGAGGAGUUUCAAAUGCAAAAGCGAUGGCAUCAGGACCAAGACAAAGCUAUGAUCGGGGAUACAAAUUUGUUUUUUAACGAGUCGGAUCAACCAAAUACCGCAGAAGUUGAAAUCAUGAUAGCAGAUGUUGCUCGCAGAGGAAGAAAAAGAGGUUGGGAAGCGAUGAUUCUAAUGUUGCUCUAUGGUACGAAAAAGCCAAGUUUUCCAAGAGUAUACUUUUGAAAAAGUGAUAAAUGAGGAUUGGGUGGACUGGUUACAUUCCGAGGCUAGUAUGGAUGUAACUACUUGUGAAGACCGUGACGAGCAGAAAGAGAAAGAGAAUAACCCUGCCCAUGAUUUGGUAGUUCAAAAGUUGAAAAGUUCUGCACAGAAAAGACCGCUCCUCUUCAAUUCACUGAUAUACGCUUCUUUUUAUACCGGCGCCGAAUUUGCACAACAGACUUACAGCAAAAUAUUCAAGUUUCCGUUAUCGUCGUCUUCGUCAUCGGUAAACAGCGAAGAGACGGACACUUCUAAAACUGAGAAACCGCUGUUUGUUUGGAUAAGAAAAUUUGAUCAAAUGCUGGGUUUAUUGAACGAAAAUGAUUCGAUGCAACCGAGAAGUUACAAUUGGCCUCAACUUAAGCGAUAUGCUAUUUAUGGCUGCUUGAUUGCAGGGCCGUUGCUACACGGAUGGUACAAAUGGUUGGAUAUGUUUUAUAAAGGCAAAACUAUAAAAAUUGUUCUCACAAAACUUUUGGUCGACCAAUUUGUUCUUACACCACCAUUAAUUACGCUGUUUUUCAUCAACUUCGUGUAUGUAUUGGUUACCAGUUCAGUUUUUAAAUUUUCUACUAGUACCGCCAGUAUUGCGAGUCUCGUUUGUUAGUAUCGCAGCUUUUUGUUGGGCAAACAUACUCUGUUAUUUAAAAAGUACACCUGUAUCCACAUGCUGUGAUGAUCAAAUAAAAUAUUAA